CCCACUUCUCCCUUUAAACAUUAUGUCUCAUGACAUGCCCAUGCCUAUGCCUAAUCACACCAUGGAUGGCAUGAGCAUGAUGCACAUGACCUUCUUUUGGGGCAAAAAUGUAGCCAUGUUAUUCGAUGACUGGCCUAAUGGCAAGUUGGGCAUGUACAUUUUGGCUUUAGUUGUUCUCUUUGCCGUCGCGGUUGCAAUCGAGUUUCUAGCCUACUUUUCUGCCGUCAAGACACGAGCAAGUCCAAUCAUGAGCGGGUUGGCUCACGCGUCGGUUCAUGGGCUUCGAAUGGCACUUGCUUACCUUGUAAUGUUGGCUGUGAUGUCCUACAAUAUUGGUGUUUUUAUAUGUGUGGUGGUGGGACAUGCUUUCGGGUAUUUUCUUGUGAAGUACCGUGCAGCUUUGAAAGGCAAAGAUGAUUUGGUGUAAUAUCUAUUUGACUCUGCAAUUUGGCAAACACAUAUUCGACUUUUGAAUAAGCAAUGUAUUCAUUCCAGUUUGGUUUUUAAUAGAUAGGUUAAUAGGUUAAUUAAUUUUUGUCCCAAAUAAUAUUGCACUUUAUGAUUUUACUAAAGGGUGCAUGAGUUUGUAGAGAUUUUUGUUUUGUUUUAAUUUUGAUGGAAUGAUGAUGUAACGUGUUUCUGUAAAUUUAUUAGGGAAUACGCAAGUGUGAUAUUUGUUUGGGAAA